AUGAUACAUUCCAACGAGAAUAUACCAAACAUUCAAAAAUUCCAAUAUUUGGUUACAUCCUUAGAUGGUUGUGCAGCAAAGAUCAUCGAAUCAAUCCAGCUGACCGAUGCAAACUAUGCGGUAGCAUGGGAAUUGUUGAAGAGGCGAUUCGACGAUCCAAGAGCCAUAAAAAAGAAGCAUAUUCAAUGCUUGUUUACGAUGCCGAAGAUGGAGAAGGAGUCAGCCAUGACAAUUCGAGGCUUAGCGGAUUACACGUUGAAGCGUUUGAGAGUGCUAAAAUCUCUAAAUUUGCCUACAGAUUCGUGGAACGAGCUUAUUAUACAUAUGAUCGAGGCUAAGCUCGAUGCAGCAACUCUACGCGCAUGGGAACAAAGCGUAAUCGCGGCUGACGUAACUCUAGUGGCUUUGACUGAUUUUCUGGAGAAGAGAUGCCAAAUAUUAGAGAGAAUCGAAACUAGGGUCAAGGAUAAAGAGAUAACACGAAAGACCGAAUCGGACAAGAAAAAGGCGAAAUCUCGUAGUCACGAGAAACCAACAACAUUAGCUAAUUCAACUGAAACUGGUAAAUGCUAUUUAUGUCAAGGUAACCAUUUUAUGUAUUGUUGUGAUAAGUUUUUAGCGUUGUCAGUUGAUGAUCGAAUCAAGGAGGUUCACCGGUUGAAGCUUUGUACCAAUUGCUUACGCAAUGAUCACUUUGUGAAAGCCUGCAAGAUGGGAUCUUGCCGAGAGUGCUCUGGGAGACCCAACACGCUAUGCCAUCGUCAGACAACAGAUAGGCAUAUUCCAGAUGGCGCGAGCAUCAGCGUGCAGAAGGCUCUAUCCUCGAGCGAUGAGGCGAGCAAUAACGUUGUCGUUCACCAUGCAGCGAACGAGCCAACCAGAAGAUACGUAUGGCCACCGCAGUGGUCAACGCAAUUCAUUCGAAUGGAUCCAUCGUUCCUUUGCGUAUCCUGCUCGACAGCGCUAGUGAAGCACAUUUUAUAA